AUGAGUGAAAGAGACAGCGCAACUGUGUCAGAUCACGAUAUCACGUUGUCUCUUUCUGCGAGGAGAUUUGUUUCAACAACGAAACAAAACAGUUGUCACUACGCAUGUGUAGAGGAAUGUGCUCUCAAAUUUCAGCGAAAACGUGACAUCACGAAGAUAUCACGUUUUGGUUGCAAAGAUAAGGACGCAACGUUAAGCCCAGGGGAUGCAAGGUCGAACAUAGAGGAAGCAACGUUAAAUGUGGAUAACACACCAAAUAAAGAAGUUGACUUAUCAGUAUCCAAUAGCCAUUAUUUUGAUUCGACCAGCAGCAGCAGGGUGAGUUCUUCGAGUGACUCAUCAUCAUCAUCAAGCAGCUCAUCAAUUACAUCGUUUAAUGAAGAUAGCGACGAUUCAGUUAAAGAUCCAAACUAUGAAGUUGUGGAGCCUCGGCGUCUUUAUCGAAAUUCUUCAGAUUCUGACGGAGAACUUGUUAAUGUUAACACAAGAAAACAAGAUGGUAUUUUACAAGAAACUGUUAUUUGUACACCUACAGAAGGCCACGAAAUGAUUCUUAACAGCGUUUUACAAGAAUCAGAUGCACUUCCGAUACUAAAUGAACUAUCAAAUAUUGAAAAUGUCAGCCCCACUGAACAAAACUAA